AUGGCUCUUUUCACCAUCUUGUCGGGCGUUGUGUCGCUGGCCGCCACCGUCCUAGCUUAUUCGAACCCUCUUUCGUGCAGUGGUACAUGUACCAACGCUCACGACCCUUCUCUCAUCAAGCGUACCUCUGAUGGUACUUACUUCCGUUUCUCUACUGGAGGUGGUAUUGCUAUCCAUACCGCUUCUAGCAUUCAGGGACCUUGGGUCUACAAGGGUCAAGUCCUCCCCAACGGCGCAAAUGUAGCCAACUCUGGAAAGACCGAUCUUUGGGCUCCUGAUGUCUCUCUGGUCGGCAGCACCUACUACCUCUACUACACUGCCAGCUCUUUUGGCACUCAGAACUCCGUCAUUGGUCUCGCCACUUCCUCCACCAUGGAUGUCGGCAGCUGGUCCGACAAGGGCUCCACCGGUAUCUCUUCGGACAGCAGCAAGUCCUACAACGCUAUCGAUGCCAACCUCAUCAAGGUCGGUAGCCAAUACCUCAUGAACUUCGGCUCUUUCUGGCACGAUAUCUACCAAGUCGAAAUGAAGUCCACCCCCAACACCGUCUCCGCCUCCGCCGGCCCCAGCUACAACACCAUCUUCCAACCCAGCGGCACCCACGCCGUCGAAGGCGCCUACAUGAUCAACUACAACGGCGGCUAUUACAUGUUCUUCAGCGAAGGCAUCUGCUGCGGUCUCGACAAGAACCGUCCAGCCGCCGGCCAAGAAUACAAGAUCAAGGUCUGCAGAUCCAACUCUGCUACCGGUGGUUUCGUGGAUCAGAGUGGAAAGAGCUGUACCAACGGUGGUGGUACUGUUGUUCUGCCUUCGCACGGAAACAUCUAUGCUCCUGGUGGUCAGGGUGUAUACAAUGAUCCUAGCUUGGGUUGGGUUCUUUACUACCAUUACGUUGAUACCACUAUCGGUUACGCCGAUGGUCAGAAGCGUCUUGGUGUCAACAAGAUAAAGUGGGUCAAUGGAUGGCCUACUGUUUAA